AUGCAGACCAUGACAAAAGUAAAAUUCCCAUGGAAAGCAACAGCAUCUAGAGAGAACAGUCAGCGAUUAGCCGCCUAUUUGCAUACACAUGUCGAGAAAUUUCAAGCAAAGCAACAACAACAGUUUGAAAUUCAGAAUUCAAUGACAGAAAUGUCAUUAGGAAAUUUUCGUUGCCUUAUACUUAUACCGAAGCUCUAA